GCAAGCAAGCUAUAGGAGCAGGUAGUGGCAGCGCACACAAGAACCAUCAGGAGACGUGGAAAGAGUGGGAAGAGGAGAGAUCACAUACACCAUGGGGAGAGGGAGGGUCGAGCUGAGGAGGAUCGAGAACAAGAUCAACAGGCAGGUGACGUUCUCGAAGCGGAGGAGCGGGCUGCUCAAGAAGGCCUACGAGCUGUCCAUCCUGUGCGACGCCGAGGUCGCGCUCAUCGUCUUCUCCAGCCGCGGCAGGCUGUUCGAGUUCUGCAGCAGCGCCAGCCUGCUUAAAACAAUCGAAAAGUACCGAAGGUGCAGCUAUAAUGCAUCAGAAGCCAUGGUUUCAUCGAAUGACACACAGAAUACUUACCAGGAAUACCUGAAGAUGAAAACACGAGUCGACUAUCUACAACGAUCUCAGAGAAACUUUCUUGGUCAAGAUUUAGAUGCCCUAAACAUUAAGGAGCUCGACCAACUCGAGAAUCAAAUCGAGACGUCCCUAAGGCACAUCAGAUCGACAAAGACCCAAGUAAUUAUUGAUCAGCUAACCGAUCUCAAAUAUAAGGAACAGAUGUUGCAGGAAUCUAACAACAUUUUAAGAACGAAGCUGGAAGAAGUUGGUGCAGAGAAUUUGCUCUCGCUCUCAUGGCUAAGUGGUGGCAGCCACAGUGCCGAUGAGCCUCCUCGAAUAGAAGAUUUCUUCCAACCUCCAGAGUGUGACCCUUCGUCGCAAACCGGAUGCAGUCAGGUUUGCACAGAUCUGUCGAACAGCGAAACGAUGUUGCAGGAUGUUACUGGGCUCGUCGCUCGGUUGAUGUGAAAGGAUGUUACGAUGAUCUCCACUGAUACUUUUUUUGUUUCGACUAUUUGUCAUCAAGUAUAAGAAGACCAGAAGGAUAAGAUCUUUGUGUUGAUAUAUGUUGCAGAUCAAAAUCUAAUAUGCAAACUAAAUAAUUGUUGGCAUAAAGGUAAGUGUGCUUCUCUA